AUGCUAAAAAGGAAACAAAGUUCAAGGGUGGAAGCCCAGCCAGUUACAGAUUUCGGUCCCGAUGAGUCUUUGUCAGACAAUGCAGAUAUUCUGUGGAUUAACAAACCAUGGGUACACUCUUUACUACGAAUCUGUGCCAUCAUCAGUGUUAUUUCUGUUUGUAUGAACACUCCAAAGACCUUCGAGCAUUAUCCUCCUCUCCAAUAUGUGACGUUUGCUCUUGAUACUCUAUUGAUGUUUCUUUACACUGCAGAGAUGAUAGCAAAAAUGCAUAUCCGUGGGAUAGUUAAGGGUGAUAGCUCCUAUGUAAAGGAUCGUUGGUGUGUGUUUGAUGGAUUCAUGGUCUUUUGUCUUUGGGUGUCACUGGUUUUGCAGGUGUUUGAAAUUGCUGAAAUAGUUGACCAGAUGUCACCUUGGGGCAUGUUACGGAUUCCACGACCACUCAUUAUGAUUCGAGCAUUCCGGAUAUAUUUUCGUUUUGAGCUGCCAAGAACUAGGAUAACAAAUAUCUUGAAGCGUUCCGGAGAGCAAAUCUGGAGCGUUUCAAUUUUCCUUCUGUUCUUUCUCCUCCUGUACGGGAUCCUGGGAGUGCAGAUGUUUGGAACUUUUACGUACCAUUGCGUGACCGACGACACACAGCCAGGGUGA